AGAAAGAAAAGGAAGGAAGGAAGGAAGGAAGGAAGGAAGGAAGGAGAGAAAGAAGGAAGGAAGGAAAGAAGGAAAAGGUAGCACUGUCUGCAGUGUAGGGUUGUUAGAGAAGGUUCCCCCACUGCUGCCACCAAACAGUUAAAACGUUCCAAGCCCUGUCCGAAAUGCAGUGUCGCGCUGUUGCUCUCUGCCUGGGCCGAGGUUUCAUCCUCCCCCCGCCCCGCCCCGCAGCCCUCAGCCCUCAGCCCCGCUCCAUCCAUGCCCGCUGACUGCCGGCCCCCGCACAGCCCGGGCUGCGGGCACGGAGGGCGGACAAACCGUUUCCUUUCCCCGGAACGUUUUGGAGGAGGAGGAGGGCCUGGAGGUGCCCCGGAGGUUUCUGGCCGCUCCCGACCCGCAGAUCCCUGCCGGGAGCACCCUCCUUCUGUAAGCGUUCCGAAUUUCCCUUUAAAACAGCCCCUCCCGUUGCCGGCUGCUAACGUGGAGACAGCUGGGGCGGGGGCACCGUUCAGUGCCUCGCGUACCCCCGCCGUGCCCCCUCGCACCCCUACCUCUGCCCACGGGGCUGCGGCGGGGCCGGACAGCCGCAGCCGGGCCGGGCCGGAGAGGGGAGAGCCGGGCCGGGAGAAGCACUGCAGCGCCGUCCGCGCCGCAGCCGCCAUCCGCCCGCCGCUCUCACGGAGAGAUACGGAGCUGCGGUCGGCUUUGAUGGGGCCGAGCUCCGCACUCCGGGGCCGUCCGACCUCUGACCCGCGAAGCCCACAUGUGCGGUGCUGCAGCUCCCUCUGUGAAACGCACCUCGGGACAGCAGCUCUUUGUCGGCUCCAACGGCAGCGCCAUGUGAAAAGGGAAAAGGGAAAUCGUGAAAAUCUCAGCCAAAGCCGCAACUUUUAAAUGCCUUUUUUUUUUUCCCCCUCAAACCCGCUCUCGAGGCAGGAAGGAGCACCACUCUCUCACGCCAAACGUAUUUAUCGCUGUAUUUACAGACCUAUAUAUGCAUGCGCGUGUGUAUAGGUAUAAAGUUGCCGCUGCCAGGCGAAGGGCAGCGCCCGCGGCCGCGCACUUUGCGCGCACUUUGCGCCCCCGGCCCCGCGGCACAGCGCUGGCGCAGCCCCCGCAGGAGCGCAUCCGGCUCAGAGCCGCAGCGAUGGGGGCACCGGGCGGCCGCUCUCGGAGCGGGGGUGGCCGCGGUCCGCGCCGGUGGCGGAGGAGCAGCGCGGCGACAGCGCGCGAUGGGCGCUGUAAUACAAUUUCUGCUGUCAUUCAUAAAUAACAAUGCCAUAUGGUCCCCAUAUUGCGGGUACAAGAAAAGCCGUCAAAGUGUCACCGUUUGAUUUAUCUCAACAGCUUCUUCCGGGGGCGACGUACGGCUGCGAAGAGAGGAAGGAGGGGAGAGGGCACAACCAAAAACGCGCCCCGGGUUUCCCGAGGCCGCCCCUCUCCCUCCGUUCUCUUCCAACACAUACAGACGCAAACGGAAGGAGGGAUUCCUUUUUUCUUAUUUUGCCCCCGUCUGAGCGAAUCCCCAAAGGGGACGAGCCGGGAGAAACAUGCCACGCUUUCCCCGUCAAAGCGCACGCUGAAAAUGGCAACUGCGCGACUUCUGCCGCGGGUCUCUCUCCCGAAGGCUGUCCCCUCCCGCCCGAGCCCCGGCCCCGCUUGUCCUCCGCCGUGGGGAGGGCUCCCGGCCCUGCCCGCACCUCCCGGCCUCUCCCGGCAGCUGUGGGGCAGCCGCCAGCGCAGCCCCGCGCAGGAUGCGCGCAAC